AUGAUUAUCCCUCCGUUAUAUGGAGCAGUGCGGACCACCAAGGACGGUCUGGAAACCAGAUACUUAGUUGCCUACCUGGGUUUAGCAGCUGUGGGAAUGGGAUCCUGGUGCUUCCACAUGACGCUACAAUACGAAAUGCAGCUGCUGGAUGAAUUGCCCAUGAUCUACAGCUGUAGUGUCUUUGUCUACUGCCUAUUUGAAUGUUUCAAAAGCAGAAAUUCAUAUAAUUAUGUGUUGCUAGUUCUGUUAGGACUUUUCAGUCUGACAGUGACACUAGUGUACUUAAAAUGGAAGGAACCUGUAUUCCACCAGGUCAUGUACGGCCUGCUGGUGACUUUCCUGGUCCUCCGGUCUGUGUAUAUAGUUACCUGGGUGUAUCCCUGGCUCCGGGGACUGGCUUACACCUCGUUAGGAGUGUUUUUAAUGGGAUUUUUACUCUGGAACAUUGACAACAUCUUCUGCGACACUUGGAGGAAUGUACGGCAGACGAUGCCCCCUGUCGUCGGGGCCGUGACACAGUUCCAUGCCUGGUGGCACAUACUGACUGGACUGGGUUCUUAUCUGCACAUUUUAUUUAGGUAA